AUGGCUACCAUAUGCGACAGUUUUUCAAAAUUACUUCAAUUAUACCAUGAUUCGUUGUUUGAAUUGGUAACUACUUAUGAUUUGUAUUUGUCCUAUAAAAUUCGUCAAAUAGUAACGUUGCUCAACCUAGAAUUCAAUCUAUCUACAUCAACCAAGGAAAAGUUGGAAAAAGGAUGGAUGGUGUUGCAGAACAGUAUAAUGUUGAAAGAACAACAGUUAUGGAAUAGAAGAAAGAUUUUAAAUGAGACUAUGUCCUUGAUGGUAAACAAUGGACAUAUUACCAAUAAACAAAUGUUUGAAUUUAAUCACAAUAUUGUCUAUGAAUUACAAAUGGUUCAAAUCAAAUUUGACGAUUUGAUCGAGAGCGGUAGUGAAGAUAUGGUUGUGAUUGAUGGAAGCACUGGAGAUGCCCAAGAAAUUAUUAUAGAAUUGCUGUCCUUGGAUACAGAUCCACAGUUAUUUACAAGGAUUUUGAUGUUACACAGUAGAUUAAUUAAUAAGUACUAUAUCAUUAAGCGAAAAUUAAAUAGGAGCUGGCUCCCAUACGCAGAUUGA